CCCGUUCUUCAACGUAAAGAAAACAACCACAGAUUAAUUCGCCAUUAACAUCUGCGUCGUCCUCAUCGUUGUCGUCGUCAGCAAGCCAAAAGAAGACCAGUUCGAAUUUAGCCGCACCGUGAAAGGGGAAUUAAGUCUCUCCCUCUCUCAUUUCCCAGGAAGAAAAAGAAAGCCAGAGAGGCUCCACACUACCACUUUAUCCCUUCCUUUCUUUCUCAUUCGAGAAAGAGACAAUAGCCACCAGACAAAAGACAGGACACUCAUUAUCCCAUCUAUCAAAGAUGAAGUCCUUCGCCCCCCUUGUUGUGGCUCUCACCGCCGUCUUCGCUCCGGUGGUCCUGGCUCACCCCGGUCACGGCUCCGUCGCCCCUCUGAUUGUGCCGCGCGCCGACAACACCACGGAUGACAACAACAACUCGACCAACACCGUGGCGACGGACCAUAUCCCGAUCUUCCAGGCUGCAGACUGCGUUUGUCCUGCUGCCGUGUGUGAUCCGCGGUUGAAUGCGGCCAGCAUUUGCGCAUGCCAGGCCCAGGCCAAACUCGCCUGCUACAUGCAGUCCAACGGCGCCUGCCCAAAGCCCGCUGAUGGUGCCUGUUAAAAUACCAAAAAAAUUAGAAAGAUGACUGUGUGAAGUCAUCUUCCUACAUGGACCACUCUAAGAGGCGACGUUGCUUUCGACGCCUCGGAUUAUUUCGUGCAACGCUUUUUUAUUUUAUUUUUUUUUACUACCGGGCGCCAUUCGGACGGAGAAUUGAUUGCUUUAGUUUGCCCUUCUUGCCCUUUCCCUUUCCUAAUCUCCUCCGUCUUUGAUAAACGCCCUGUAGGCGGCAGGUGGAUCCUAGUUUCGGAAACACGGUACCGGCUAUGUAAAUAAUGGGAGGGCGGGGGUCCCUUGAGACACCAAAAAAAAUACACGCGAGGGCAAGCCCAUCAUCGCCAGAUCCUUCCGGCCGGGGGAGGGGGGACAAGGUACUGAAACAACCUGCUCUCUUCGUCUAUAAUAUCUUGCCAUAGUACUAUUGUAUAUUCUGGGUGGGAACAGAAUUUUGAUGGGAAGGAUGGGACAGGAAAGUGUUGAGAGCCGGCGAUGAUGAAGAGAAUAGUCGUGGUGGGUCUUUUCUUCCGGCUAAAAGUACCUAAAAUGUCAUCUCUCACGUACUGGUAAUGAAAUUUCUCAUAUUUU